AUGUUCCAAGAGCACGGCGCUCCGUCCUCUGCGGCUCUCGAGGUCUCCUCGUCGACCCGCUGCCUCUUCUCGAGCAAACUAGUCCCGGAAUCACUACCUUACUUGAGUCAUAUCGUCAGAGCAAUAAUUGCUGCGAGUGCCACCUGGUCGCCAAAUGACCCUCUAGAGCUCUAUUUGGAGCGCGUCUCUGGCGACAUCGUUCAAGCCGUCCAGGCUUUGAAGGAGUCUCGCCCUAAACCUACAGAGGAGCUCAGAAGUCUGCUAGUCGACCUCAUCCAGAACUUGUCUGACUGCUCCACCUACUGCACCAACAACUCCCUUUCCUACCCCUUCGACCGCGCACAGCGUCAAGUGCAGGACGUCCUCGCCAUUAUUUUCCCGGACCCAACUCAGAGCGAAUCUAGCGCACACCAGGAGAUCGUCGACGCUUCCAUCGACCCCCAAAUCAGCGCGUGCAUCGAGCAAUUCAAGCUCGGCCCUCAUACUGCUCCCCGGCUGUUCAACGGCCUCUGGCAGAUGUCUUCUCCAGCAUGGGGAUCCGCCUCUAGUGCCAAGCAGGACAUCGCCCUGACGGAACUCGUGCGCUGUGGCCUCGUCGGAACUGAUAUGGCCGACCAUUACGGCGACGCCGAACUGAUUUAUGGUGGUUUCCGUAACCGCCUCCCGCGAGAGGUUGCCGACCGCGUUCUGGCCAUGACGAAAUGGUGUAUCUUCGGGCCGCUGGAGAAGCCCGUUACGCCGGAGUUCGUGUUGGAGGCAGUAAAGGAGCGCUCUCGUCGCCUCGGUGGACGCGUUGAGUUGCUGCAGUUCCAUUGGCAUGACUACGAGGCUAAGGAAUACCUGCAAAUCCUCGCUGAGCUCGUCAAGAUUGCGAAGGCCCAGCCUUCUCUUGUGUCAGCCAUUGGCCUGUGCAACUUCGACACCGAGCACACGGUCGAAGCCUGCGAGUACCUGUUCGCGAAACUCGGCGAAGUUGGGAUCGUGUCGAACCAGGUGCAGUACUCCCUUAUCGACAGCCGGCCCACCGUCGGUAUGGCUGCAGCCUGCCAAAAGUACGGUCUAAAGCUCCUGACCUACGGCUCUUUCUGCGGCGGCUUCCUGUCAGACCGCUGGCUCGGGAAGCCUGCGCCGGACGUGUACUCGGAGACCCUCGGCUUGACGCCUUCGCAGCGCAAGUAUUAUGACAUGAUCUCGACGUGGGGAUCCUGGGAGGAGCUCCAGGCCUUGCUGAAGGUACUUCGUCGGAUCGCGGACAAGUACAACGUCAGCACGUCGAACGUCGCCACCCGCUGGGUGCUCGACCACGACGAGGUCGGCGCCGUGAUCGUUGGCACGCGCCUGGGCGUUUCGUCGAACGUCAGCGACAACAUGCACGUAUUCUCCUUUAGCCUUUCCGACGAGGACAAGGCCGCGAUUGCCGCGGUCAACCCUCCGGAGAAGGCCAAGGCCCUCUUCGAUCGCAUAGGCGACUGUGGCGGCGAGUACAGGAAGAUGCACUGA